AUGCACAAGCAUCUUAUUAAUAAUAUCGAUUAAAAAAUAAGUAAACCAGAGGCAAUUGCUACAAUUUAUGAUCUAAUGUACUCUCUUGAAAAGUAUGCUUUAGCCAACAAAGACAGCUAUUAUUCACAUUACUGGAAAUAAUUUUAAACAGAAGUUAAGAUAUUUGAGGAUUUCUACAAAAAGUAUCCAAAAAAUUUGCUCGGAUUGUUUGAAGAUGAAGAGUACAAAGCUGAAAUAUUAGAAUACUUGAAACAAGAAGAUGAAUUUUUGGUGUUGACUUUAUCACUGAUUGAAUUAUCUUAUGAUUGCUCUGCUGAUCCAUUAGUUUAUAAAAUCUAGCAGACUUGCUAUGUAAUUUAAGAGUUAUAAGGUUACGAAUGGUUUCAAAAGAUUAUUGAACCUUAAGAUUAAAACUAAUAGUGA